AUGAGCGGCGCGAACAAGGACGCAGGUGGUGGUGGAGAUGAGCCACACCACGUGGACCUGGAGCCAAUCGUGCCAGCGAUCCAAGAUGCAAUUGCACAGGUCAAAGAGCUGCAGCAGGAUUAUGACGCAGGCAAACUUGAGGCAUACAAUGGCGUGUCCUUCUUGGAGUUGAAAAACCAGGUGCUGCUGGACUACAUUGCAAACUUGACGCUGCUGCUCAACUUGAAGCUGAGAGGGAAAUCCAUCGUCGGCCAUGACGUCGUCGACCGCCUGGUGAUGCUGCGGGUUGUCAUGGAGAAGAUCAAACCACUUGACAAGAAGCUCAAGUAUCAAAUUGACAAGAUUGUGAAGCUUGCAUCCAGCUCCGACAAGCAGACAGACGAGGACGACGAAAUGCAGUUCAAACCAAACCCCACAAACCUCAGGCCAAAGGAGGGAACUGCAGAGGCAUCGGCUGCAGCAGACGCUCGUGCAUCCUCAUCGUCAGCAGCAGCAGCAACAACAACAGAUGCAGCCAGUGGCGUGUACCAGCCGCCAAAGAUUGCUGCCAUGCCAUACACAGCCGACGACCCCGCAGCCAUUCGCGAGGAGAAGCGACGAGAGAGAGAGCGGCAGCGCAUGCUUCACAGCCAGAUGAUGCAGGACCUGCGGGACCAAAUGUCCGAUAGGCCGCAGCAGAUUCGCGAGUACGAGGCAGCACAGAUUGCGCAUCUCCAGGGCGGGCGCCAAUCGAAGAAGGAGCGCCAAAUUCAGGAAUACGAAGAAGACAACUUCCUUCGCCUCAACGUCGGCAAGAAGCAAAAGAAGCGAUCAAACCCGCGCAAUUCGCUGCACGACAUCGCAGACUUCCGCGGAUUCAAAGGUUUCAACGAUGCCAUGAAGGGCUUUGUGACGGACGUGAAGCGGAAAUCCGUGAGAGAGAAGAUGAUGGAGGCGCAAAAGACAAAGCGGGCGAAAACCCAUGGAAGGGCCAAGUAG